AGACGGGCGAGGCUUUAGAGUCAGGUGUUAAGGAGAGAUGUGUGAGGCUCACGAGCGAGGUGUUAAGGAGAGGAGACACAGGAUGCACGUCCAACCUUCACCAAGCUUACGGUGGCGCCCAAGGACAACGGGCAGAGGGACAGUCUGGUCACGGGGGUGGUGUGGGCGUGGCUGGACACGGAGGUGGUGUGGGCGUGGCGGAACACGGGGUGGGGGGUGUGGGCGUUGCGGAACACGGGGGUGGUGUGGGCGUGGCUGAACAUGGAGGUUGCGUGGCUGAACAUGGAGGUGGCGUGGCUGAACAUGGAGGUGGCGUGGCUGAACAUGGAGGUGGCGUGGGCGUGGUGGAACACGAGGGAGGUGUGGGCGUGGCGGAACACGGGGGAGGUGUGGGCGUGGUAGAACACGGGGGAGGGGUGGGCGUGGCGGAACACGGGGGUGGUGUGGGCGUGGCGGAACACGGGGGAGGUGUGGGCGUGGCUGGGAAGAGUUGGAAGGAGGUGAGGAAUGAGAAGAGGAAGAUGAGGAGGGAGAGUGAGAGGAACGAAGCAUACGGAAG